UGUUUUUCUUAUUGCUCAUUAUUACUUUUUAAAAGGUCAAUUCUGACAUGUGAUUUACAUUUCCUGACAAACUACAUAUCAUUUUCCUCCCUCCCUCCUGUCUUUCCUUCCUUUUAUUCUUCCAUUUAUAAUGCAACAGAUGAUAGUUUUUCAUGGUGUCCUGUAGGUAGUGUAUUUUAUUUUAAAAUACCAGAUAAAAUUAUCAGCAGCCACUUGUGGAAAGCUUCACUGGAAAAUAUUACUUCAACCAUACUUAUAUGUUUUUUAAAAUGCUAUUUUUGUUGAUCUCUGCUUAGAACAACAGAAACACAGCUGGCUACAGUUACUGGAUUUGCUGCCAGUUUUUAAUGCCCCUUUUCUCAUAUACGUUUAUGGCGACCAAGUUUACUUUCAAAAACAUAUGCUAAGAAUAGUAACAAAUUUUUCAGAUUUGAAGUUGUCUAGGAAAAAAGUAUGCUUCACAUUAAGAAAGAGUCUGUAAGAUCAACAAAGCAGAUUCAUCUCCUAGAAAACCCAUUCUCUGAGCAGGCCAUUUUCAUCUCUAACCAAUAAACACCAGAUUCCUUAGCUUGGCAAUCAAGAACCUUGACCAUAUCUGGUCCCAGAUGAUUCUUCAUAUUUUUUAUUUUUGUUCCAAGAUGGUGUACUCUAUUUUCCAGCAAAAUGGGACAGUUAAUUUUUCCUCGUAGCCAUGCUUUCCUCUGUUUUGUUCAUUGUUGUUUCUUUUGCCUGGGGAGAUUUCCUCUUCUUUUACUUAAGCAUUCCGUCUCUCCUAGCUCCUUCUCUUACUUAAGCAUUCCAUCUCUCCUAGCUCAAAUGCCACCUCCUCCAGAAAGUGUUCCUGGAUUAGAUUUGCUUUCACACCUCUAGACCUCCUUUAUUUGUCCCUUCUUUAGGACACAUAUAUGACAUCUUUUACUUUAAUUAUUUCUGCCCCAAUUCAGAGUACCAUUAGAAGGCUGUUAAUAAAAAAUGAAUGUGUCGGAACAGUUGAAAGAAGUUGUUUAAUAAUAAUUCCUGCUAAUGGUAUAAUGAGACAGGAUUACAGACAGGUGGCCUGCAAACUUUAUUGUAAAAGUUGCCUACCAUAGUGUUUGAAGAAAAACAGUUCAACUGGAAUGCCUGCAGAUUGGCACACACACUCUACCCCACCAGUCUCCCUGUUCCCCAUUGUCUUCCACUGGCACAUCAUAUAUUUACAUUCCCUCACUGACUCUGGGUGGCACUUGAAUUUACAAGCUCCAUAUAGAGGUUACAUCAAUCAGUUGAUAUACCAGGUCCAAGUCAUGGCUCUGUCACUUUCUAGCUAGCUGUGUCAGGUUAAGAGCAAGACUUCUAAUGAUACCUUUGAAUGGCCCUUUGUAUUUGAGGUGGCCUUAUGCAGAUAAACAGGCACAGUUGACCCUUGAACAAUGUGAGGGUUAGGGGCGCCAAUCACCUGCAUAGUCGAAAAUCCACCUAUAACCUUUGACUCCCAAAAAGCUUAACCGAUAGUCUUCCGUUGACCUCACCAAUAACACAGUCGACUAACAUAUAUUUUGUAUGUUUUAUGCACUAUAUCCUGUAUUCUCACAGUAAAGUAAGCUGAAGAAAAUGUUAUUCAGAAAAAUCAUAAGGAAGAGAACACAUUUCAUUAUUCAUUAAGUAGAAAUAGAUCAUCAUAAAGGUCUUCACCCUCAUUGUCUUCACGUUGAAUAGGCUGAGGAGGAGGAGGAAGAGGAGGGGUUGGUCUUGCUGUCUCAGAGGUGGCAGCCGCAGAAGAAAAUCUGAGAACAAGUGGAUCCAUGCGACUCAAUCCUGUAUGGUUCAAGACUCAACUGUAUAUUUUUGCAUAUGGGCUCAAAUACGUACGCACAUAUGUCACUGGGUCAAAGAUUCAUAGAAUGAAUUAGACAACAAGAAUAUUUAUCAUUGAAUUGAAAUGGCUCACUGCAAAACUGCCCUCAACUUAUCUCUAGGCCUUAGAAACAGAAGUGACCCUUUGCUGCUGUGAAUCAAUAGCCUGGACUAGAUUGGGGUUGGGUUGGCAAAGGUAUAUAGUCAUUGCCAUAGUCCAGUAUUCCUGCCCAAGCAAGCACCAUUAGUAGUCACGUUGCUCAGAGAGGGCCUCUCGGCUCUCCCCACCACUGCAUGCUGGAUUGUCUGCCACCAGUAGAUCAGAGUUGGCAAAAGGGAUAACUUGGGAUGAAACAUUUGAGCAUUUUGCAGUUUAGAGAAACUUCAGGGGUGCUGCUUUAGUAAAAAAUGGAAGACUUGCAUUUAUUAAAGGUUAGUAAGAAGUGAAAUAAUGUAUGCAAAAGUACAUUAUAAAUUAGAAAAUGCAAUAACGGCAGAAACUAUUUAUUUAUUGGUUGCUCUGCCCUUUACCUAAGUGGUUUUUGAUCAUUUAACAAUGUGUAAGAGUUGGGUUUUACCUCCAUUUUAUGGAUGUGGAAAUAGGGCUUGGAUGUUAGCUAACUUGCCCAAAUCUUACAGCUAACAGAAAGUGGUACUCCUGAGAUUCCUACCCAGGUUUGUCUGACCUCAGGCCUGUGCUCUUUAUAUGAGUUAAUGCUAACUCUCAGAUGAUGUGCUAGGCACAAAAAUUAGAUAUUACACCAAUUUCCACUAUAGUUAACAUUCUAUCUAAAUAUAAAGUGGGACCACGGUCUUAGAUGAAUGUGGCUGUUGAGAGCAGCAAUAAUCCAGAAUGGCUACUCUGAUCUAUGUUGAUAAGGAAAUUGGAGAACCAGGCACCCGUGUGGCUGCUAAGGAUGUGCUGAAGCUGGAGUCUAGACCUUCAAUCAAAGCAUUAGAUGGGAUAUCUCAAGUUUUAACACCACGUUUUGGCAAAACAUACGAUGCUCCAUCAGCCUUACCUAAAGCUACCAGAAAGGCUUUGGGCACUGUCAACAGAGCUACAGAAAAGUCAGUAAAGACCAAUGGACCCAGAAAACAAAAACAGCCAAGCUUUUCUGCCAAAAAGAUGACCGAGAAGACUGUUAAAACAAAAAGCUCUGUUCCUGCCUCAGAUGACGCCUAUCCAGAAACAGAAAAAUUCUUUCCCUUCAAUCUUCUAGACUUUGAGAGUUUUGACCUGCCUGAAGAGCACCAGAUUGCACACCUCCCCUUGAGUGGAGUGCCUCUCAUGAUCCUUGAUGAGGAGGGAGAGCUUGAAAAGCUGUUUCAGCUGGGACCCCCUUCACCUGUGAGAAUGCCCUCUCCACCAUGGGAAUGCAAUCUGUUUGCAGUCUCCUUCAAGCAUUCUGUCGACCCUGGAUGUUGAAUUGCCAGCUGUUUGCUAUGACAUAGAUAUUUAAAUUUCUUAGUGCUUUGGAGUUUGUGUGUAUUUGUAUUAAUAAAGUAUUAUUUGUUUAACAACAUAAUAAAUACAUAAAUAUAAA